CUCGCGGCUUAUGCAGAGAGGAACGCGAACCGGAAUGGCGCGAACCUCACCGGCAAGCGUAGUGCACGUGUGAGAGAUCUACCGUUCAUCUCCUGAUCCAAAACUGGAAUGCUUGGGUGGAGAAAAACUGUCCACCGAAUCGCGCCAUCUAUUGGGAAUGUGGCCAUUGCUCACUUCUUUCUUAACUCUUCUUCAGACCGUCCAUUCUAACACCAGCUAUCAGGCGGAUGAGAUAGAUCAAUGGCCCUGACUUUGUAGAUGUUGCUGGCACGCUCGUGCGGGGUGGCUCGCCAGAUCCACAUUUUUUCGGUCAGCCUCCUGGACUGUUUUGGAUGAGCGAGCAACCAUCUGUACCGUUGCUCGCGAUCGACUUAAAAAGCGCUUUGCCGCUUCCGUAGAAGAGGGUCGUUGGUCAGACAGCGAGCGUUGUGGUGAAGAAACGGUUGCGCUCUCUCUCUCUCUCCCUCCCUCUCUCUCUCUCUCGCGAGAAAUUUCAUGGCGUCGAAGGUCUACUCCACCUUCUUCGGUAUCAGCCAUGGCUGCCACCAGUCGAAUCCCCGCCUCUCCCAUCGCUUUUCCAGAUUCCUUCCCGUCUCUGGCAAGAUGCGACCGAGGAAUUUCAGGAGACAACAGGUUAAGAAAAUUCCUCCUGAACACCAACCAAUGGAUGUGCAGCCCAGUGGUGAUGGAAGCCCUGCUGUUGAAAUUCCUGUUACAGACAUUGUCUCAAAUUUUCAUCAGGAAACUGAAUCUAAUGCUGAAAUUAAUAAUGAUUCCAGUGGUGCAGAUUUUGAUGGUUCAACUCUUUUAGAGGAGACCAAAUCUUUGGCUGAGAUUGCCAAUGGUGGGGAGCAGCUUUCAAAUGUUCGACUUGAUGAUCUGAUAGCCAUGAUAAGGAAUGCAGAAAAAAAUAUCUUACUUCUCAAUCAAGCUCGAGUUCGUGCGCUUGAAGACCUUGACAAGAUUCUUACUGAGAAGGAGGAUCUGCAAGGACAAAUUAACAUCUUGGAGAUGAGGUUGGCAGAAACUGAUGCACGGCUUAAAGUUGCCGCACAAGAAAAGAUACAUGUUGAGCUCCUUGGAAAUCAUCUUGAGAAGCUGAAGAAUGAAAUGACCGAGGAAAGUGCGCACGAUAUAUACAAGGGCCAUAAUGAAAAUGUGUAUGCUACUGUCUCUGCUCCUGCCAGCGAGGAGCUUGAUGUAUUAAGGAAAGAGAACAUUGCCUUGAAGGGUUGUAUACAAGAACUUGGGUCAAAGCUUGCCAAUGUCAUAGAAACCGAAGAACGUGUAUUCUCUCUAGAGAAAGAACGAUCUUUAUUGCAGGCUGCCGUGAAAGAGUUGGAGUCUAGAUUUGCAGCUGCUCAGGAAGAUGUUUCAAAGCUAGCCACUCUGCAGUCUGAGUGCAAGGCUCUUUGGGAGAAGGUUGAAGAUUUGCAAGACUUGCUUGAAAAUGCAACCAAGGAAGCGGAUCAAGCUAUUAUAGUUUUACAACAAAAUCACGAACUCCGAAAGAAGGUUGAUAGGUUAGAAGCAUCUCUGGAAGAAACAAAUUCACGUAGACUAUCAUCGGAAGAUUCACAACAAUACAACAGGCUUAUGCAGCAGAAAGUAAAACUUCUAGAGGAGCGCCUUCAAAGCUCAGAUGAAGAGAUAAAUUCUCACGUCCAAUUAUAUCAAGAAAGUGUGAAGGAAUUUCAAGAUACACUCGAUAGUUUAAAACAGGAAAGCAAGAUAAGGGCACAAGAUGAACCUGUGGUUGAUUUGCCUUGGGAGUUUUGGAGUCACUUAUUGCUUAUGAUAGAUGGUUGGUUGCUUGAGAAGAAAAUAUCCUCCAAUGAUGCAAAGCCGUUGAGAGAAAUGGCAUGGAAGAGAGAUGGUCGAAUGCGCGAUGCCUACUUGGCUUGUAAGGAUAAAAAUGACCACGAAGCUUUGGCUACAUUCCUCAAACUGACAUCAUCAAGGACACGACCUGGAUUGCAUGUCAUCCAUAUUGCAGCGGAAAUGGCACCAGUUGCAAAGGUUGGUGGUCUGGGGGAUGUUGUGGCGGGCCUUGGUAAAGCACUCCAAAAGAGAGGACACCUUGUGGAAAUUGUUCUUCCAAAAUAUGACUGCAUGCAAUAUGAUCGUAUUGGUAACUUAAAGGCCCUAGAUGUAGUGCUGGAGUCGUAUUUUGAUGGCCAGCUAUUCCAAAAUAAAAUUUGGGUUGGAACAGUCGAAGGUCUUCCUGUCUAUUUCAUUGAGCCUCAUCAUCCGGCUAAAUUCUUCUGGAGAGGACAAUUUUAUGGAGAGAAUGAUGAUUUCAAGCGUUUUUCAUUCUUUAGCCGUGCAGCACUUGAAUUGCUUCUUCGAGCUGGCAAGAAACCAGAUAUAAUCCAUUGCCAUGACUGGCAGACAGCGUUUGUUGCACCACUCUAUUGGGAUUUGUAUGCUCCUAGAGGUUUGAAUACGGCUAGAAUUUGCUUUACAUGCCACAAUUUUGAGUAUCAGGGGACAGCACCUGCUUCAGAGUUGGCAUCCUGUGGCCUUGAUGUUCACCAGCUGAGUAGACCUGAUAGGAUGCAGGACAAUGCAUCACAUGAUAGAGUCAAUCCAAUUAAGGGUGCGAUUGUUUUCUCCAACAUUGUAACAACAGUAUCUCCAACUUAUGCCCAGGAAGUGCGAACUGCAGAGGGAGGACAGGGCCUCCAUGGAACAUUAAACUCUCACUCCAAAAAGUUUGUUGGAAUUCUUAAUGGGAUUGAUAUGGAUUCGUGGAAUCCUUCUACAGAUACUUUUCUCCGAGUCCAGUACCAUGCUGAUGAUCUCCAAGGGAAAGCGGAGAAUAAGGACGCUUUAAGAAAGCAACUAAAGCUCUCCUCUGCCAAUGCUACACAGCCGCUGGUUGGUUGCAUUACGCGUCUGGUACCGCAGAAGGGUGUCCAUCUCAUCAGGCAUGCGAUAUACCGAACAUUGGAGUUAGGAGGGCAGUUUGUGCUUUUGGGUUCAAGCCCAGUGCUACAUAUUCAAAGGGAGUUUGAAGGUAUCGCAAACCAUUUCAAGAGCAACCCUCACAUUCGGUUGAUAUUAAAAUAUGACGAGGCUCUUUCACACUCCAUCUAUGCUGCAUCUGACAUGUUCAUAAUCCCAUCAAUAUUCGAGCCUUGUGGCCUCACACAGAUGAUAGCCAUGAGAUAUGGUUCUGUGCCUAUCGUGAGAAAAACUGGAGGGUUAAAUGACAGUGUUUUCGAUGUUGACGAUGAUAUGAUUCCACCUCAAUUUCGCAAUGGCUUUACAUUUUUGAAUGCUGAUGAGCAGGGAGUAAACGGAGCUUUGGAACGGGCAUUUAACCAAUACAUGAAACAUAAUGAAAGCUGGCAGCAGCUUGUCCAGAAGAACAUGAAGAUAGAUUUCAGUUGGGAUUCUUCUGCUGCACUGUAUGAAGAGCUUUAUGAGAAAUCUGUGGCUAGAGCAAGAGCAGCAAGUCGUGUAUAGUCAUUUUGAUGCUGCCAGGCUCUCCAUCUCACACUACAGCAGAAGACAUUGUACUGGAGUGCAAUUUUUCUCAGAACCUUAUUUUAGUUGUUGGGGUUUUCUCUGGGAGUUCGCCUCCUCAUGCAAUGAUUCGGGGAUGACAGGAUAAAAUACCUGCUAACAGAGGAUGAAAAGAAUUUCCAAGUUGGUUGUGAAGGUGCAUUGCAUUCAUGUACCUGAGCCUGCUAUCCUUUUUGUAUAUUUUGGAUUAAUUCUUUUGUUCAUUGGGCAGUGUAUACCCCACACAAUAAGCAUUAGUUGUAUUCCCUCCAAGAAAUGUUGAAGCGAUUUUAAUACUUUCCUCCUUCGAACAGGCAAUGCUGAUGUACCUCUAUAUUGUUUCUGUCAUACAAGCUUUUGAUCAAUACAAAUACAUUUAGGCAGCA